UUCAAGAGUUAGAAUCAGUGACAACCAAUCAAAGUAUACCAAUGUUUCUCCAACUUCUCCUCCUACUAUCAUCCACUGCCGGUUUCUUCACCAUCACAAACGCAGCUAGACCCAUCACCGUCUACGGAGAUGUGCUUAAAGAUGUUGAGUUCUUCACCAGGACCUUUCCUUGGAUCAUAGACAAUAUUGGUGGAGAUCUGAUAGUUGAUUACGCGUUGUUGGGCAGUGGAAGGUACUCCAUUCCUCAAAUGUGUGCGCUAAAGCAGUUGAGGAAGAAUACAUAUCUUCAAGCGGAGUAUUUGAAAUGUGAGGCCGAAGGUAAUAAAAACGUUUCGUGCGUUUCUGAAACCGGCAUCAACACCCGCAUAUUGAAGAAAUGCGUUGCAGGAGGGGGUCAUCUAGCCAGAUUGGCAGCAGCAAAGUAUUCGAAGCUGAACAUCAAUUACUCCCCUAUAAUAGGCCUUGGAUCAAAAUCCACAGUUUUUGGUGUAGAAGACAAGUUUGUACUGGAAAAGAUUUGCACGAUAUUUGGACGCAAAUUACCAUUGGGUUGUGUUAAAGCCUGUACUUGUGAUGAGGGGUCUGGUCAGAACAGUGAAGAGUCUGACCUUCCAGAAUUUUCUACUAAAGGACCAGAGUCUGAAACAGAGUCUCCUAAAGAGAAAGAAGCAAAUUCUGAAAAUAAAAAGCCGGGAUCUAACAGUACAAACUCCUCUGAAAAUGAAAUGUCAGAGCCUAUUUAGAAUCUCGAAGUUUAGACACGAACAUAUUUUAUGUCAUUCAUAUAUCUGAUGAGUACAAAUUAAUUGUAGCUUAAUCGUGUCUUUUGUCCGGACUUAUCACUUCGAUUUUUAGGCAUUUUUGACGUUCUUUGAUUUUCGGCCUUGUUUGAUAAAUAUUCAAAACUAAAAUAAAACUUAAUUUGUGAAAAUAAA